AUGAAUUCUAAAGGAGAAUAUAGCUAUAAUCAUUUGCAGCCAUCGAAAGAUGCAGUUGGAAAUGGGGUACAAGUUCAAACUCGAUUACUGGACAGCUCUGAACUACAAAAUACCACCGACAUAAGAUUGCAAGAUCCUUUACUAGCGAUAGCUUGCUUCGUUGGGGGAAUUCUAGCCGCAGUAGGCCACCACUUAUAUUACCAGAGGCUAAAUGAUACGCCUGUGACCUCUGAGAAUCUACAGGUGUGGUCGAUUAGAAUCGGUACGGGACUUGCUCUCCUCACCAGAUGCGGGCUAGUCGCAGCGAUAGGGAUUGCUGUUGUCCAACAGACCUGGUUAUCAUUGAGGAAAAGAGCUAUGUCGAUUGGUGGUAUUGAUAGUAUGUUCGAUAUCAUGGGAAACCCAUGGUCGUUCUUUAACACAGACUUUUUGAUACAUGCGAAGCGCCUCGCGGUUCUUGCUGCUAUCGCAUGGUUGCUUCCCAUCAUCACAAUUGUGACGCCGGCGACUCUGUCUGUUGUGUCGCGAAUGACUCACGAUACUGUCGCUACCAGGGUUCCGUAUUAUAACUUUUCGAAUACUGAUGGUUGGGGAACGUAUGGAGGGUUUGGAUAUAUUUCCGGAGCAGCGCCUGAGAUGGCACGCUUAUUUACGAGGACUUAUAUAUCGAAUAGUCCCAUACCUCAGACGCCCCCCUUUGCCAAUGCAUCGUACGACUUCAAUUUCUGGGCCCCAUCUUAUAAAUGCUCGAACGCCAGCGAUAUUAUUAGGACGAGGAAUAAUCGUACUUGGGACCUUGAUUAUUAUAAUUAUACGAAUUUCGAAGAGGCUUUUAAUGCGGAAAUCGCCAACCCGAUCUCCGCGAGCUCCACGACUAAUUCUUCCAGCAUCUCGCCACCAUUAAUAUAUAAAAGUACUGCUCCUAGUAGGAUGAAUAAUAUGAUCCUCAUCGGUGCCAAUGGCCACAACGAGCUUCGGGGUAAUAUCGAUCAUAACUAUCUGGUCUGUCAACUUUACAACACUUCAUAUGACAUAACCAUGCGCUUCGACAACGGAGUUCAGUCUAUACACGAGAAAUCCAUUGCGCAUGUAAAUUCCCAAGAAUGGGAUAAUGAACGUGGGCGUUUAUCUGUGGUAUUGGCUAACGGCCUCUGUGCUCCUGAUCCUGCUGCAAAUAACGCCACGAUUUGUCCGACUUAUUAUAUGGUGCACUAUCUUUUCACGCGCUUCCUAACUGGCCUGGCACGGAUUAAUGCGGGAGGGGAAUUGAUAUUUCAGUCGGAUGGUUUUGAGGGCAAUAUCGUCGAGGCUGGAGAAGCUCCCUUUUUCCAGUCGGGAUUGAGAGACUGUCCCGAAAUCUGGAAUUCUACAGACUACCAGAGUGCUUCCGGUGGCCCGCUCGCAUUCCAAUCGCUCAAUAGAUGCCCAGGAGGAACACUCGGAACAGCGAUCGAAAGUCUCUCCAGAAACUUUACGUACAGCCUCCUGACUUACAGCAACUGGCGAAAUUUUACGACCGAGGUACCGAUAACCGUAUCAAUGCCGAAGAACUUCUUUUAUUAUAACAGUGUCACUCUCCUGAUUACAUAUUCGUCCGCCGUUGUGGUCACGCUGCUUUGUAUAUGCGUGGGGUUCGCCGCAUUGUUAAGCAACGGUUAUACUAGUAGCACGGCCUUCUCCGCGGUACUUCUGACGACUAGAAACCCUGAUCUCGAUAGGCUGUCUACAGAUAAUACUCUUGGAGCAAAGCCUCUGCCGCAUCCUAUUCGCGACACCAAGCUUCGUUUUGGUAUAUUGAGAACCGAGGGAUCGGAACCACAGGCUGGUUUUGGCCUGGAUGGUACAGUAACACCGCUAGAGAAUAUGGCAUCAGUAAUACUCCGAAAGAAAGGAGCUGAGAGAACUGUUGAUUAG